AGGAUUGAGGUCUUGAAGAUGCUCGCCGGCAUGAUCGUUAAGCUGAGGAAGAGGAAGCGCGAUGGCAACAUCUCCAAGGUGACCGGCUCUUCUGCGGGCAUCGCUGGUGGCAUCAUGCUCAUCACGGGCUUUGCCCUCAUCCCGGUGACCUUCGGCGCAUCUCUGGGCCUCAGCAUCGCCGGCACCGCAAUGGGGGUUGCCGGAAGCAUCACGGCCGCGGGGGCUUCGAUCGCCGUUACUGUGAUGAACAAAGCCUCGACCAAGGAGGCGACAGAAAAUAUUGAGAAGGAUAAAAUUGCCGGCGAGAAGCUCGCCAAAGUGGUGGAGUCAGUUUCCUCGGCGGCGAGCGAGUUUGAGGUUGUUACCAUGGGCACGCUGCUGGCCAAGAGGGUGUGCGCCAAAGGAGGCACAGAAGCGCCCGUGGACACCGCGGAGACAGCCAAAGUCGCCGUGGGUGGAAUAUUUGCCGCAGGCGGCACGGUGAAAGGGGUGGUGAACAUCGUCAAAAAUUCAAAGGCGUUGGUGAAAGUGGCCACGACCGGCGCCAUCGUCGCUGACGACGUCGCCUCAGCAGUGGUGAAGGGCGCGGUGAGAGGCGGCUUGCGGAUAGCCGGGGUCGCGGUGAUCUCCCUGUUACUUGUCGUCGACGUGGUCAGCCUGAUCCGGACCGGGGUCGAAUUGCACAAGGAUAACCCGUCAGAGACAGAAGCGCACUGGCAGGAGACGUACGACGACUUGAAGUUGCAUCUGAUCAGCAUGGAGAAAAUCAACGAUUAUGCCCAGAGAAUUAGGAAAUAGAUGACGGGUAUCCACCCCCUCGAUACGUACAGCAAGGUCUCAGAGUACAUGAUGGGGGCUCAGCGUACACGGUUCCCGCUCAUACCACGACCGACCACCCCCGAUUUGUACUUACACUUGUACCCGUAUCACCCGCGCAAGACACGAGUCC